CCAAUUUCGUGAGUGGACAAGCACGGAGUCCAGCUGUUGGAGCUGGCCCGCAGGGAAUUUCGGUAGGUUCUUCGGAAUCAAUUUUUUUUCUUGAUUUAAAACUUUUCGAAAUAUUGCUGGAUUCAUCAGUUUUUUGA